AUGCGUAUGUACGCGUCGAAAUCCAAGGUCAAAUCCACCGCCAACAUGGUUCCGGGUUCGAAGCAGCCUCUGACUUCGGAACUGGCUCUGGACGAGUACGCGAAAGCGGAGGAAAAGAUGAAGUCUGCCGUUGAUUGGUUCAAGAAGGAAUGCGCGGCGGUAGAGACGCGUGCCAGCGGUCGUGUAACGCCAGCGAUAUUGGACCCCGUUCGUGUUGUUCUUCCUGAUAGCAAAGCGGCCGUUCGUCUGGAUCACAUAGCUACUGUAGGAGUCAGAGAAGGCUCGACUCUGCUGAUUACGCUGUUUGAGGAGAAGAAUAUGAAGCACGUCGAGCAGGCACUCUACGCUUCCAAAAUACCCAACAUUGUUCCUCAGAAGCAAGAUGACCGAACGAUCAAGAUACCGAUACCGAGGCCGACGGUCGAAGCGAGAACGGCGGCGUAUACAGCUGCAACACGACAGGCUGAAGAGUCGCGAGUGCAGCUUCGUAAGCAACUACAGGCUAGCUUGAAACGCGGCAAAUUCGAAAAGCGUUCAGUGGAGAUGGAGGAGUUCCACAAGUUGCUGGACAAGUAUAUCGCGGAAAUCGACAAGAAUUUACUACAGCUGAAGAAAGCUACGGCGGCCAAAUAG